AUAAAAUAGAACUGAAGGCAGUUCCACGAAACUCGUGAGCCAAUUACCUACCCUUUUCUUGCACAACAGGGAAUCUACCGAGGAGGGAAGGCGUGUACUCGUCUGACUUGUCAGUUGUCCAAAACAUAUAAAAACCACAAUUUUCCGACCGAAUUCUGACCCCAACAAACAGAAACGUUUCUAUUCUUUUCUUUUCUUCUUUCUUUCCCUUCCCUCCUAUACUGUUCUUUUAAUAACUAAUCCUUUUUCUCUCUUCUUCUCUGUAUCUGGGGCUUCAAGGCGUAGUAAAAAUGGCAAAGAAGGGAGAGGAAAGAGAGAUGGGUACGUUUUUUGAUGGGAUCAUAGAAUCCAUGCCUUUGUUUGCAAAGGAGUUGGUUGCUGGAGGUGUUGCUGGGGGCCUUGCAAAGACCGUUGUUGCUCCACUUGAGCGUGUCAAGAUUUUGUUUCAGACUAGAAGAGCAGAAUUUCACAGCAUAGGCGUCGUUGGAUCCUUCAAGAAGAUUGCAAAGACAGAAGGCAUCAUGGGUUUCUACAGAGGAAAUGGUGCUAGUGUCGCUCGAAUUGUCCCCUAUGCAGCACUUCAUUAUAUGGCUUACGAACAGUACCGUAGAUGGAUCAUCAAUAGUUUUCCUGACAUCGGAAGAGGCCCUGUACUUGAUCUUGUGGCUGGAUCGUUUGCUGGAGGAACUGCUGUUCUUUUUACUUACCCUCUUGAUUUGGUUAGGACUAAAUUAGCUUAUCAGGUUGUUGCUCCACCAAAGAUUAAUGUGAAAGGAGUAGUUAAUACAGAACAAAUUUAUAGUGGAAUUCUUGAUUGUUUCUCAAAGACUUACAAAGGGUCAGGGCUCAGAGGACUCUAUCGUGGUGUGGCUCCAUCACUUUAUGGAAUUUUCCCAUAUGCUGGUUUGAAGUUUUACUUCUAUGAGGAGAUGAAACGCCACGUCCCUGAUGAGCAGAAGAAAAAUAUAAUGGUGAAUCUAGUAUGUGGAUCUGUAGCUGGUCUGUUGGGCCAAACUUUCACAUAUCCUCUUGAUGUUGUGAGGAGGCAAAUGCAGGUCCAAAGGCUCUUGGCGUCCAACAGUCCUGCAUUGAAAGGAACAAUGGAAACGCUUGUUAUGAUUGCUAAAAGUCAAGGCUGGAAGCAAUUAUUUUCAGGGCUGAGCAUCAACUACCUGAAGGUUGUACCAUCUGUGGCGAUUGGUUUUACAGUCUAUGACAUCAUGAAAUCAAGCCUGAGAGUUCCAUCCCACGAUGAAGCUGUGAUAGAAGUAGUAACAAAUAAAAGAAAUACCCAAACAUCAUCUCUCCACUCAUAAUAAGGAGUAAUAUUCAUCUCAUAUAUUCUUAUAUUGGCCAUCAAGGAGCUUUGUUUCACCUUUAAAAUUCUUACGAUAAAACUGACCAAGUCAGGCCAUCUAACCUGUACAGUCCAUUCUUUUAAGCUGUAAAGUAGGACUUCUAUAGGUUCCAGUUUCCCACCAAAUAAAUUUUGUAAGAGGUGGAGCUUACAUAUUGGUCUGAGGGAUGAUACAGAUGGUGAGUAGUCCAAGAUUAGAUUCAUCAGCAAUGUACAUAAUUGGAGGGUAUUAAUCCAUUAAAGAAUUUGACUGCUUUUCUCUAUCUUCUACUGAGAAAUUAAUAUCAGCGCCCUGUUCAUGUCUAAGUUUAUUGAAGCAAAUGUCACAUAUGGUACUAGCCACUUUGGGUUCAACAUGCAUUCAUUUAUGACCAGUUACGGUAAUACUGAGGACCUAGGUUUUGAUGGAAAAGGCUGAUGGAAUUUCCCGUGUUUUGAAGGGACACCAGAGACGCCAUUGUUUUGAACUUGCAGGGCCAGACGAUGGCGUUUCCGAGUUUCGCAUGUUUAUAAACUUACCAAACAAAUGUACGACCUAAACGACAGCGUUUCUGUCAAUACCAGUUUAUUGUUGCUACUUGAAGUUACCGAUGUUAAUCUUAUCCAAACGAGAUGUAAACCUAACUUUUCAUCUAAUGGGAAUGGGAUGAGUUUUAAAUUAUAUCGCAGAUAAAUAUAAUUUUAAAAUUAUU